CGCUCGUGUGUGUGUGUGUGUGCCGGUCGGUGUGUGUGUCGUCCUCGGUGCCGCCGCCGCUGUUGCCGCUGACGCUUCCGCGGAGAGGAGCGGCUCUUGCGGCCGUGUUGCCGCCGGCGACCAACAUGAAGUACCAGAAAUACAUCACUGUCAUGCAGAUGGCCAUGGGGGUGACGGCCUCCAACAAAGACAUUAUCCCUCCCAAGAGGAUGCUGUGGGUUCCUCCUGACAUCCCCGGUGCUACGGGUCCCAACACGGUGAGUGUGUCGGGCGCGGCGGGCGCCGCCACUCUGGUGCCCUCCUCUGCCAUCUCCACGCUGUCGCUGAGCCAGAGCAACAAGCCCUCCCUGCGCCGCAUCAAGGGCCGCAUCCACCGCAGCAAGAGCCUCGACAGCAUCGACCUGCUCGACUGCAAUAGUGCAAUGGAGGAAACGGUGAUAUGGGAACAGCACACAGUCACUCUUCAGAGGGCACCAGGCUUUGGGUUCGGGAUCGCUAUAUCUGGGGGGCGGGACAACCCCCACUUCCAGAGCGGCGAGACGUCCAUCGUCAUCUCAGAUGUGCUGACAGGAGGGCCAGCGGAGGGGCUCCUACAGGAGAAUGAUAGAGUGGUGAUGGUCAACGCUGUGUCCAUGGACAAUGUGGAACACGCCUACGCUGUGCAGCAGUUAAGGAAAAGCGGCAAAAAUGCCAAAAUAACGAUUCGUCGUAAGAGGAAGGUCCAGAUCCCGGUGGCUCGGCCGGGUGACCGUGAGACGAUGUCGGAGCGUGAGGAUGAGGAGAGCGAUGAGGAAGAGUAUAACGGGCCGGGCGCGUACCCGUCGGCAGGGGCCAGCGGAGGCUCGGGCACGGCCCGCCGUGCUGACCGGAGAGAGCGGGCAGCGUCCCGCGACCGGAGUGCCUCCCCUCGCUCAGUGGCCUCCAACAUCGCCCCCCCACGGCCCGCCAAGGUCACCCUCGUCAAGUCCCGCAAGAACGAAGAGUAUGGUCUGCGGUUAGCCAGUCAUAUCUUCGUGAAGGACAUCUCCCCCGAGAGCCUCGCAGCACGAGACGGGAACAUCCAGGAAGGAGACGUGGUCCUCAAGAUCAACGGCACGGUGACGGAGAACCUGUCGCUGAUCGAUGCCAAGAAGCUGAUCGAGAGGUCAAAGGGCAAGCUGAAGAUGGUGGUCCAGAGAGACGAGCGCGCCACGCUGCUCAACAUCCCCGACAUGGACGACAGCGUCGCCUCCGGCAACUCCGACAGAGACGACAUCUCGGAGAUCCAUUCCCUGACGUCUGACCACUCCCAUGAGCGGACACGUGGAGCGCGCUCCCGCUCCCCGGACAAGCGCUCCGAGCCCUCGGACCUGUCCCGCCAUUCCCCUCAGCAGAUCAGCAACGGCAGCCACAGGAGUCGUGAUGAGGAGCGCAUGUCGUCCAAGCCCGGUGCCUCCACCCCCAUCAAGGGCUCGGAGGAGACGCUGCACUCUCAGCCCAGCGAGCCCUCCACGAGCAGAGACGACAAGCUGAUCCCCCCACUGCCAGAGCCCAAGCCUGUGUAUGCCCAGCCUGGGCAGCCUGAUGUGGAUCUCCCCGUCAGCCCCUCCGAUGCCCCUGUGCCCAGUGCUGCCCACGACGACAGCAUCCUCAGGCCCAGUAUGAAGCUGGUGAAGUUUAAGAAGGGGGAGAGUGUGGGCCUGCGUCUGGCCGGAGGCAACGACGUGGGCAUUUUUGUGGCAGGCGUUCUGGAGGACAGCCCCGCUGCAAAAGAGGGCCUCGAGGAGGGAGACCAGAUUCUCAGGGUAAACAAUGUGGACUUUGCGAACAUCAUCCGUGAGGAGGCGGUGCUGUUCCUGCUGGACCUGCCGCGGGGCGAGGAGGUCACCAUCCUGGCCCAGAAGAAGAAGGACGUGUACCGGCGUAUCGUGGAGUCGGACGUGGGCGACUCGUUCUACAUCCGCACGCACUUUGAGUACGAGAAGGAGUCUCCGUACGGCCUGAGCUUCAACAAGGGCGAAGUGUUCCGCGUGGUGGACACGCUCUACAACGGCAAGCUGGGCUCCUGGCUCGCCAUCCGCAUCGGCAAGAACCACCAGGAGGUGGAGCGCGGCAUCAUCCCCAACAAGAACAGAGCGGAGCAGUUGUCCAGUGUCCAGUACACGCUGCCCAAGACCCCUGGUGGUGACCGGGCGGACUUCUGGCGGUUCCGUGGCCUGCGGAGUUCUAAGCGGAACCUGAGGAAGAGCCGCGAGGACCUGAGCGCCCAGCCCGUCCAGACCAAGUUCCCCGCCUACGAGAGGGUCGUCCUGAGAGAGGCUGGGUUCCUCAGGCCAGUGGUCAUCUUCGGGCCCAUCGCCGACACGGCUCGAGAGAAGCUGUCCAGAGAGGUGCCUGAUCUGUUUGAGCUCGCCAAAACGCAGAGCCAAGCCAACACAGAAAAGAGCGAGCCGCGCGACGCCGGCACCGACCAGCGCAGCUCCGGAAUCAUCCGCCUGCACACCAUCAAACAGAUCAUCGACAGGGAUAAGCAUGCCGUGCUGGACAUCACCCCUAACGCAGUGGACCGUCUGAACUACGCGCAGUGGUACCCCAUCGUGGUGUUCCUGAACCCCGACAGCAAGCAGGGCGUCAAGACCAUGAGGACCCGCCUGUGUCCCGAGUCACGCAAGAGCGCCCGCAAACUCUACGAGAGGGCCCUCAAGCUGAGGAAGAACAACCACCACCUCUUCACAGCAACCAUCAACAUGAACAACAUGAAUGACGGAUGGUACGGUUCCCUGAAGGACACCAUCCAGCAGCAACAGAACCAGCUCGUCUGGGUUUCUGAGGGCAAGGCGGACGGUGCCCCUGAGGAUGACCUGGAUAUCCACGACGACCGGUUGUCGUACCUGUCGGCCCCGGGCAGCGAGUACAGCAUGUACAGCACCGACAGCCGCCACACGUCCGACUACGAGGACACGGACACGGAGGGCGGCGCCUACACGGACCAGGAGCUGGACGAGACGCUGAACGACGAGGCCGGACCGCCGCCGCCGCCGGGCGACGCGCUGACCCGCUCCUCCGAGCCCGUGCAGCAGGACAUGGCCGUCCUGCAGCAGCCGCCGCCCGGAUACGCCGCCGUAGCAGCCGCCGCCGCCGCCGCCUCCGCCGCCUACCCGCACGGAGACCUGGCGGUCACCUCGUCCACCGCGUCGCUGGGCAGCAUCGAGCCGGCCGGCUUCAAGGGCCCCGUUCCCCAGACAGCAGAGGCUGCUGCUGCUGCGUCCCCGGUACCAGUACCAGUACCAGUACCAGUACCAGUACCAGUGGUGGAGCCCCCUACAGCUCGACACUCUCCAAGCGCCGCCACCGCGACCGCCACCCCGGAACCCCCCUCCACCUCCUCCACCGAACCCCCCCCACCCGCCACCUCCAACUCCAGCUCCAGCCCCGCCCUCCCCGAGGCUGGGCCAAUCAGGAGCAGCCCUGUCCCAGAGCUAGCCCCACCCCCGUCUUACGAGGCCGCCCAACCCGGGACGCCCGGGUCGGAACCAAAGAUGUACAAGAAGGAGAUCUACAGCAUGGACGAGCCAAUCCGGGUGAGCCCCGGGCUGAAGCAGCCCACGCCGACCUAUCACGCGGCUCCGUACGGCGAUGACCCGCCCUACCGGGACUACGACCAGCUGCCGUACCGCUACGAGGCCGGCGGCUACCUGGAGCCCAAGACGCGCGGCUACUACGACCCUCGGCUGACCGCCUACGCUGACCACCAGCAGCAGCAGCCUCCGUGGCCCGCGUACGACCAGCCCCCCCCGCCCCAGCGACUGGCCUACGACGAGCCGCCCGCUGACCGCUACGAUGACCCGCCGCCGCUAGGCUACGAGGGCCGGCCGCGCUACGGCAAGCCUGCGGCCCCGAUCCGCUACGACGAGCCCCCGCCGCCGGUGCAGUCCUCGGGCUACGAGCCGUACGGCUACUCGUCGCCGACGUCCCACUCGCCGGACCCCCCCGCCGCGCUCCUGCACCGGCCGCCCUACAGCCAGACCCCGCCCGCCGUCGCCCGCGGCAACAACAACAACAACUACGCCAACGUGGCGGACACUGCUGCCCCCGUGCCCCCGCCCAAGCCGGACGCCUCGCUGGCGAUGACCUCGCCGGAGCACCAGCUGCCCAAGACGCUCUCGCCGCCGCCGGCAUCGGUCAUCCCGAGCGGCACCGGCACCGGGCAGGAGGACGACCCGGCCCUGCGGCCGCAGUCGGUGCUGACGCGCGUCAAGAUGUUCGAGAACAAGCGCUCCGUCUCAGUGGACCGAGCACGCGACGUGGACAUGGCCAUGAGGCCGGUGGAUAUUGUGUCCAAGCCUGGCUCAGUCCCCAAAGCCAACUCUCUGAGUAACCUGGAUCAGGAGAAGACAUUCAGGAUGCCUGAGCCCCAGCAGCCCCAGUCUCGUGUGGUGGAUGACGACAUCGUGCGCUCCAACCACUAUGACCCUGAGGAGGACGAGGAGUACUACCGGAAGCAGCUGUCCUACUUCGACCGCCGCAGCUUCGACAAGCCCGGCCCCACGCCCAGCACACUGCCCGACAAGAGCAACUCCACCGGACCGCCCCCCAUCAUGCCCAAACCCACCUCGCUAGAUGUGAGUCCACCCCCUGAUCCGCUGGCCUCGCCCAAAUCCAAGCCCUCGGGUCGGGAGGACACGGUCCAGGGCAACUACCUGCCCCAGAAGAGCUUUCCGGAAAAGUCUCCGGUCAACGGCACCGAGACGCCCAAGACUCCGACCGGCUACAACCGGUACGUGCCCAAGCCCUACACCACGUCGGCGAGGCCCUUCGAGCGCAAGUUCGACAGCCCCAAGUUCAACCACAACCUGUUGCCUAGCGACGGCGGCCAGGGCAAGGGCGAGAGUGGCGUGGGCGGCAAGAGUCCGGUCAACAACGUGCCCAAGCCGCACGGCUCGCCCCAGCCGCCCGACCACGACAGCGGAGUGGACACCUUCACCCGCACCAUGGACCACCGCAAGUACCCGCACAACAACAUCAACGCCGUGCCCAAAGCCAUCCCCGUCAGUCCGAGUGCCCUGGACGAUGACGACGAUGAUGACGAGCACACGGUGGUUGCCACGGCGAGGGGCAUCUUCAACGCUAACGGUGGCGUGCUGAGCUCCAUAGAGACGGGCGUCAGCAUCAUCAUCCCGCAGGGGGCCAUACCUGACGGCGUCGAGCAGGAGAUCUACUUCAAGGUGUGCCGCGACAACAGCAUCCUGCCCCCGCUCGACAAGGAGAAAGGUGAAACCCUGCUGAGCCCCCUGGUGAUGUGCGGCCCUCACGGCCUGAAGUUCCAGAAGCCCGUGGAGCUGCGCCUGCCUCACUGUGCGUCUAUGACCCCUGAUGGUUGGUCUUUUGCUCUAAAAUCCUCCGACUCCUCGUCGGGUGACCCUAAGAGUUGGCAGAACAAGGCGCUGCAGGGGGACCCCAACUACCUGGUGGGGGCCAACUGUGUGUCUGUGCUGAUCGACCACUUCUGAGGAGGGAGCCAGCAGGCCUGUUACUGAAUGUGUUCUAUGGAGAACCAGGCAGGGGACAAGAGCUGCUCUCCCAGAACACACACACACACACACACACACAUGCACACACACACACACACACACACACACACACACACACAAGAUGGUCACUGCCCUGGAUUGCAGGAGGGUUGUGGGGGAGGGGAGGUGCUGCCCCCCCCCCCCUCCCCACCUCCUCAUUCCGCUGAAGAAUCUCCUCUCCGCGUUCCAGACGACGUUUACUGUAACCAUGGGAACGCGAGAGAGACUGACUGUUCUCUGAAGUGCUGUUCUUUUUGUUCUUCGCUCUUUCGUUUCUAAGUGCUCAUAACGUAACCAGAACACACACACACACACACACACACACACAAACAAGAAAAGAAAGAAAAAAAAAUGUGCUUUGAUGGAAUGCAUGCUCGCUGUGCCACUGCAUAUUAAACAGUGUUUGGCCAAUUUUUCAACUAAUCGUUAUGUUACAUUCAACAUGGUGUGCAAGGCUUCAUGACCUUCUUCAGUUUAUACUAGAUAGGUAGUCACUAAAGACAUUACAGAGCAUAUUUAUACUGUAUAUGCGCCGCAUAUAUGAGAUGAAUAUUAUAGUGAUUUUAUAGCAUUCUACUAUACUAGCUUUUUUCAUAUUUCACUUUCCCAUGAGAAAACACUGAUCAAGGAGGACUGUUUGCACGCACACACACACACACACACACACACACACACACGCACACACACAGAGUGUGGACUUGUGAAGGAUUGAGACUUCGGUGCCAGACCAUAAUGCUGGAUUGGAGAAGGUGUUGCUGGAAUCUUCCGGAACACACAGAGACGACGACUGACUGACUGAGACGAGCCCAAGCCCCUCACACGCCUACUGCACACCUCCGCCAAGAUGGACGCCACCUCCGGGACCACCGGUCAGCCAGACCAGACCAGUGCUCUGGAACCAGCAUCCAUCUGUUCCCCCUCUCUCUCUCUCUCGCUCUCCAUCUGUUCCCUCUCUCUCUCUCUCUCUCUCUCUAUCCCCCUCUGUCUCUGUCUCUCUCUCUCCCUUUUCGUCUCUCUCUCUCUCUCUCUCUCUCUCUCUCUCUCUCUAUCCCCCUCUCUGUCUCUGUCUCUCUCUCUCCCUCUCCGUCUCUCUCUCUCUGUGUCUCUCUCUUUAUCUCUCCCUCUCUCUCGCUCCAAGACAAACCUGUCCUCCUUGCCUUUGAGGUCUUUAGUUUCACUGUUUUCUUUUUUUUUUGUUGUUUUUUUGCUUUUGCUUUUGUUUUCGUUUGUAUGUUUUUAUUUUCUUACAGCAAUCUACCUUCUGGCCUACCUUAGUGGAGGAGUGUGUGCGUGCGUGCGUGCGUGCGUGCGUGCGUGCGUGCGCUCCUUCACCGUAGCUCUCCUGACGCCCACUUCCUGCUGCUCCAGCGCCCGCCCACUCCGGCCUGGACCUCGCUAAGCCCCGCCCUGAGCCCUGACCCUUGACCCCCGACCCCUGACCUGGUCUCACUACGACCCCUGACCCCUGAUCUCGCUAAGACUUGGGCCCAGAUCUCACACACACCUGGACCUGUCUCUUACACACCUGGGUCCAUCCAGAUCUUGUGUGUAAAAAAAAAAAAAAACAGGGCCUGAUCUCUGUCUCUCUCUUGCUCUCUCAUGAGGCCCGGCUCUGGUUAAGAGCUAGGCCCAGAUCAGACUGAGACCUGGGUCGAAUCCGGGCCGGAGUCGGCUGGCUCCUGGGCCGUGUCCUGAUCUAUGCAUGUGGUCCGGGUGGGGCCGCUUGACACCACCACCACCACCACCACCACCACCCAAGCAGCCGGGUCUGGGCCAGGUCUGGCCUCACACCUCCAGCACGCUGUGAUGCCUUAUCUUAUCGCAACAUUACUCCACCACCACUACUACUACUACUAGUACUACUCUACACUUUUCUGGACCAUUUACACCAUCAACUAUUUGGAUUGUUUUGGUUUUCUAAGUUAUGGUGGUGAUAGUGAAUACAACUGUGAUGAUGACGAUGACGAUGAUGAUGAUGAUGAUGAUGAUGAUUAUGAAGAUGUUGAUGUUGCAUGGUGACGAUGAUUUAUGAAGGUUAAAUAUAAAUGAAGUCAUUGAAGUUGGAAUGUUUGACAGACAGUUCUUGGGAAAAGGGGGCAGGACUUCCCUCCUGCUGUGCAUACGGCUUCAGAUAGAUUUUUUUUUUUUUUUUUUUUUAUUAUUAUUAAAAGAGAACACCUGUGGAAAGGUAUGCAGGAGUAUAGAAAGGGAGAGGGGGAGGGCUACUGAAGUGGCUGUACAUACUGCGAGUAUAUGGCCUUGGUUCUUGGUUUGUAAAUGAACUUUUUGUAAUGUCUUUAUUAUUUUGUAUAAAAUUUAGAGGAAGAAAAAAACAUCUCUUUAAAAAAUGAUUAUGCUUAUCUUUGUAUUCUGGUUAUACCCUCAGCCUUGGAACUUGGAACAGUAAAGUAAUACAGCUACCUUUUCUACCAGCACAGACACACACACACACACACACACACACUCACAUACUGUACUCUCUCUCUCUCUCUCUCUCUCUCUCUCUCUCUCUCUCUCUCUCUCUCUCUCUCUCUCUCUCUUCUCUCUCUCUCUCUUUGUCUCUCUCUCUCUCUCUCUCUCUCUUCUCUCUCUCUCUCUCACACACACACACACACACACACACACACACACACACACACACACUUAAAUACCAACAUAACAUUUUUAAUGGUCACUUCAACAGCCAACAACAAAUUUAAAAAAUAAAAAUAAAAAAAACUCUAUUGUUAUUCACAGCCGAGGGAAGUGCUGAGAGUUAAAACAAGUGACCCAGAAUAAAAGUGAGUUCUUUCUGAGCAAGUGUGCUAUUUAACCCGUUCUUCCUCUCUUAUGUGAUACUGGAUGCUGUACCGUGUGCCCUCAAAGGUAUUUUUGUACUAAUAGACAAUUGAUUGGGGCACACCAGUAUUAUUUUCUUUAGCUAAGAUAACACAGCUUCAAAUGGAUAUUAGCUCUUCACGUGUGGCUAACUUUUUUUCUUUUUUUUUCUCUCUCUCUCCCACACAAUUUAAGUAUACAACUGAAUUAAUAAACCAUUUUUAAAGUAUGGCGGUA